CGUUUCCUGUACUUCCUGAUAAAGGCGGCCCGGCGGGAAGCUCCGUGGGUCAAUAUUUUUGGUUUGAUCGGUGAAUCCGGAGGAAUCCGAACCAUCCGAACCGCAGUCAUGACGGUGGGUAAGAGCAGCAAGAUGCUGCAGCACAUCGACUUCAGGAUGAGGUGCAUCCUGCAGGACGGCCGCAUCUUCAUCGGCACCUUCAAGGCCUUCGACAAACACAUGAACCUGAUCCUGUGCGACUGCGACGAGUUCAGGAAGAUCAAGCCAAAGAACUCGAAGCAGCCAGAGCGGGAGGAAAAGAGGGUUCUGGGUCUGGUUCUGCUGAGGGGAGAAAACCUGGUGUCCAUGACGGUGGAAGGCCCGCCCCCUAAAGAUACGGGGAUCGCCCGGGUGCCGUUGGCGGGCGUGGCUGGAGGUCCAGGUGUGGGUCGGGCGGCAGGUCGCGGCGUUCCUGCAGGAGCUCCGAUGCCUCAGGCUCCGGCCGGACUCGCAGGGCCCGUCAGGGGAGUAGGCGGCCCCUCCCAGCAGGUGAUGACCCCACAGGGCAGAGGGACGGUUGCUGCAGCGGCAGCAGGAGCUAGCAUCGCUGGGGCGCCCACACAGUACCCACCUGGACGAGGAGCCCCUCCCCCGAUGGGCCGAGGAGCCCCACCCCCAGGCAUGAUGGGUCCGCCCCCCGGCAUGCGGCCCCCAAUGGGUCCUCCGAUGGGGAUGCCCCCUGGUCCGGGUCGAGGCGCUCCGAUGGGGAUGCCCCCCCCGGGCAUGAGGCCGCCACCACCUGGCAUGAGAGGACCGCCCCCUCCCGGGAUGAGACCGCCCCCACGACCCUGAAGAAGCUCCGCCCCUUCACACAACUACUGUAUAGUUUUGUUUUUACUUCUGGUUUGUGUUUUUUAAAUAAAGUUUCUCAGUUUGAUCUCACUCUGGUUGUUUGUGCAAUUACCAUGGUAACCAGUUCAAUAAAGCUCUGGAGUAACAGCCAA